UAUUCAAAAAUGACAAAUUAUCUUUAUGACAGAAAACUAACCGGUUUAUAUUUUUUUUUUCAGCUCAUGCAAAAUCUACAAUACAAAUGUUAAUUUGGACCGUAGUUGGCAUAUUUUUAUUGAAAGAUAAAACAAGAUAAACCUAAUAAUUCCAUCCUAACAACAUAAAGUUUCAUAACCAUAAAAUUUAUAAAAAUGUAUCAGCAAAGUCGAGAUUUGCUAAUCAUUACUAUAAUUCUACUGCCAUUGAUUGUGAAUCACCAGGAGAUGCGUUGUAGUGCCAGCGUACAGGUUCAUCAUCAGUCAACACAAAAUGAUUACCUCGCCACAGAACUGCCACAGGAAAAGAUGGAUCAGCUUAAGAUACCAAAGGAUCAAACACUUAUUGUGCGACUGCCUUCAAAUACGUUGCUCAAAUACACAUCCUACAAAGAUGUGUCCAUACUACAUUUUCGUAUACCGCCAGAUACAAGAACCGCAUUUUUCACCUUCAAAGCAUUUGAGGAAUCCAAAAGUGCCUUUCUAAGAAAAUGCAGGUCUCGUGACGUUACUCUGCACCUUAAAGCCAGCAGCUAUCCUGUGAUAAGUCCUGAAAAUAUAACGUUUCCUAGAAAUUUUCUAAACGGCGACCAAAGAUUUAAAAUCUACGAUCUUCAAUUUCAAUCCAAUGAAGAACAGCAGCGUAUAACCGUGGAGGGACCGCAAGUGGGAAAUUGGUUCGCAGUUUCUUUUGUUAGUUGGACGGAUCCAAGUAAUGAUCGCAUAGAGCAACAAGGUCUUGCUGCAUCAUGUGACACAUUGCUGCUGGCUGAAAUGUCAGUGUCACGUUUUCAUCCGAUUAUCAUAAAUAAUGGUCAAGUGCAUAAUAGUACCCUAACGAGCAAUAGCGAUGAGCAGAACAUCACCACAAAACAGAAUUUAACAGAAAAUGAUGGUACCAAAAAAUUUAACUAUACCAAAUCUUCAGCAACAACCUCGUCACCAUCCGCUUUUGCAUCCACAACUGCGACAUCAUCAACAUCAACAUCAUCAUCAGCAACAGGAACAGCAACAGCAUCAGCUACAAAUGCAAGUGCAAGUGCAAGUGCAAAAUUGAAACGAACUCCUCCAUCUCAAUCCCAUGCAAAAACGAAAUCCUCAAACAAGAACAACGGCAACUCAACCACAAACAAUGAAAUCAUUUACAAAUUCUAUGUGCCCCGCAACAUCGGAGUAGCCACAGCACGCAUCACAAUUGCUCAAGUCUGUCUGCAGUGUCCGGAUGUUGGAUUUCAUAUACAGGCCAAUGCACUACCCUCAUACACAUCUAGUACUAGAAAAAAUUAUGAAAGUAAUUACAUUCACAGCACAAUCAUCAAGCCCAAUCAGACAGGCGAAAUCUCGAUCGAAUUUUACGUGCAACCUAACACAUGGCACUAUGCACUCCUUAAGUUUGAGAAUGCAGUAGGCGACGCAUCAAGUUCACUGACGGAAACUGAUGCAAAGCUGUUCGAUAGACUGGCAACGAGCACAUCUGACCUACGAUUAAGGAAUAUGCCAACAGCAUUUACAUACGGUCAGCGGCAAAGAAUACAACAGCUACAACAACAACAGCGAGCUCAUAGACGUCAAAAUGCCACUGAUGGAGUGUCAGAAGCCAAUGAAACAAUUUGGUAUCAUUUGGUAUACUCAUUACGAAUCGAUUUUCAGGAACCAGUAAACGAGGAUGAAAAUGCAGAUUCAGAUACAAACAUAAGCAACAACAAAGAAAAUGGCCCAGAAAACAUGUCAACCAGCAUUAAAACCUCGCCAAAAAUGGCUGCAACCAGUGAAACCGAUACCAACAAUGGAACCAAAGAAGCAGGAAACAACACAACAGCGAAUUCAAAAUCAAAUGCAUGGAAGCCUGUGAUUUUCCGCGACAUGGAAUUUUAUCCUCUUUUACGUCAAACAUAUCGUGAAUUUUUUAUGUUCGAUUAUGAUCUCGUGCCUGAUUCGAAUGGUACGGUGCCAACGGUACUAAACCUUACAGCAGGUAUACCAGCCGGUUUUGCAUUUGAAAUAGGUGAGGUGUAUGAUAUUGGCGGAACGCUAUCUUUUGCUGUGUCCAUGAAGCAUGGGUUAAAAGGUUCUAAUGAACUGAAGAGCCUACCAACAAUGACAUCGCCCACAGAACGAAGUGGAAUUUUAGCUGAAAAAUUAAUUGGAAGACCUUUUGGCCAAGAUGAUGAUGUGGUGGAAAAAGAAGAAAAUAAAGCACUUCCACGUAGUAAUCAAACAAUAAUUGUAUGCAUGCAUCAUGGUGAACCAGGUGAACCGACGUGGCCUGAUAAAUGUCGUUAUGGCAGAAAAUUAUAUCCGGCAUCAAGCAUAGUGAACAACACAGAUUCAAAUACCAGCACUGGACUUGUGCACGUUCCUUUUCCUGAAAGCGGACAAUGGUAUGUAACGAUGGGUUUAUAUUGCCACGGAGCCGAAACUGCGGCAAGGGUCACAAUCAUCGACAGCGUCAAAGACUUUGUCAAAAAAUAUGGAAACAUGCUAGAUGAAAUGAGGGCACCGUGUGCAUGCGCAAACAGCGCCAACUAUUAUCUAACCUGUAUAAACGACCGCAAGUGUUUAGCAUCUAUGAAU